AUGGAAGAAAUUCCAUUCGAAACUACAUUUCCCAGUACAAUAUUGGAAGGCAGCACGACUACAGUAUCCGGUAUAACAAGCACUACCCCAGAAGUUUAUGCAGAAUAUGAAGAAUGUUAUAAUGACCCGAUGUUCACUAUCUUUACAUAUACGGUGGAUGAUAUGUUGCUAGCUGCCAGUAUGGCUGCUACCGUUUUCAAUGUGAUGGUUAUAUUCUGUGCUAUAAAAUUAUUCAAACGGAGUGGUGAUACUAUGCAUUUAUUCAUACUUAAUAUGACUAUUGGUGAUCUCGUCUUAACAAUAUUCUGUCAUCCAAAUGAACUUCUUAUCCGAAAACAUGACUUCCUCCAACAGAAACAUCUCUGUGCUGUUGUUCACUAUUUCAAUUGGAUUGGCCUUGCAGUUUCCGGUCUCUCAUUAACUCUUCUUAAUGUCGAUAAAAUGUCGCCAAGCAAAAAAUUCUACUAUGAAAUCUUCACAAUGUUGUUCUGUGUACUUCCAGUGACCUCUUCCCUCAUUGUCUCUAUAUAUUUGUUCAAUCUGACCAGAAGUAAAAGAAAUGCAACAAAUGCUGGUGAUCCAAGUGCUCUAAAGAACAAGGUCAAGUCUUUGGCAUUCAUUUUUGCCACGACGACUUGGACGUCGUGCAGUUUGUUACCGUAUAGAAUUGUGAAUCUUGCCAGAAUUCAUUUGUUCACAUGGUCCGAACUAAGUUGCGAAGGAAAACAGACAAUGAAUUGGAUCGCAUGGGUACUCGUCUAUCUUCUCACUCUCAAUCCGAUCGUCAACCCGCUCAUCACGUCGCUGAUCUACGCACCGUACCGGCUCACGAUCAAGAAGUUUCUAGUAAAUAUUCCAGUGGGGAAUCGCCCUUUGUAUUCUUACCAACCGGAUGGUUUGCAGUCUGAUAGCAGCUUCUCGUCCGUCCGGAGGAACCGCAACCGACGAUCUUCAUGCACCGAAUUGGCCAGCCUCCGACAAUCGACCGAAGUUGUUCGCAUCUCAAUGAGUGAACCACCAGUGACUCCCAUGAAAAGUGACGAAUUCUCCUUUGAAUCACAAGCAUCUUCUGACAAAAAAUUACAAGCCGGAAUUACUCUUGUGAUGUCGUUUUCGAUGAGCCAGCGCGUUGUGGAGACUAUGCCGUCCGGGUCGUGGAAUGAUUUUACUGACCUACCUGCUGAGUUUAUUUCCCAAUUCGGUCCGAUUAAUUAUGUUGAGCAGAAGCCUACUGGAUGCUAUUACUCAAAAAGUUUCAUGUUCUACGCUACAAUGAUGGAUGACGUGAUGGUGGUUGCUUGUCUGUUAGCUACUCUUGUCAACUUCAUUGUUGUGGCAUGUUCCUUAAAGUUAUACAGCGAUAAAGGAGAUACGCUACAUUUGUUUAUCCUGAACAUGACUCUCGGAGAUUCUAUAUUAACACUAUUUUGUCAUCCUUAUGAACUUUUGGCCAGAAGAUAUGUGGGAGUUCAAAUACAUCUAUUGACGGUUUUCUUGAACUUUGCUAACUGGGUAGGACUCGCAGUGUCUGGAUUAUCACUCACACUUCUCAAUGUAGAUAAGUUAAUAUUCUUUUGCUGGCCAUUCAAAUACGACAUAUGGAUGUCAUAUAGUCGAGCAAAAAAGUUUUGUUAUAUGACUUGGAUUGUUUCGAUCGGAUUUGCCACAUACUACUGGUUAUAUAGUUACGUAUAUUUCAUCAACACAAAAGUUGAUGUAAAGAAACGACUUGAAAUACAAUAUGUCUUCUUGACAGUUUUCAUGAAUGAUGGACAGCUAUCACCAAUCAACAGAUUCUUCUAUGAAGCAUUCACUGUUGUGUUCUGUGUGGUUCCAAUUAUUUCAUCGCUCUUUGUAUCGUGUUAUUUAUAUGAUUUGACAAGACGAAAACGAAAACUCAUAAUUCGAUCUACACUUUCAAAGAGAAACGAAAACAAGGUGAAAAGACUCGGAAGUAAUUUUGUCUACAUUUUGAAAUUACAGGCGUCAUCGUUUGCAUUCAUCUUUGCAACAACAUUGUGGACGUCUUGCAGUUUGCUACCGUACCGAAUAGCCAACCUUGCUAGGAUUCAUGUGAUAGCAUGGCCCAACCUUGCAUGUGAAUCAAGACAAAGUGUCAGUUGGUUCACUUGGAGUAUGUUAUAUUUGUUAAUUCUUAACCCGAUCAUCAACCCUCUUAUUACUGCGUUUGCUUAUGCUCCUUACAGACGAUUAAUAUUUUCAACAGUUUCGAAAGCUGUGAGAAGAGGUCCCAAGAAAAUAGCAGAUGAAAUUUUCUACCAUUUGGAUCAAAGUGGGAAUUGCAAGGCCACGGAACCCAGAAGUCAGAAUAUAUAUUUCAUUGAACUUUCUGAGAGGGAAGCUGCAGAAACCAAAGUGAUGACACCCAAAGCUCCACUCGCCAGGUUUCCAAGUUUAUGCUCAUGUGAUUCGGUUGUUACUCCAAAAACUCAAAAAUGUACGCGGUUUUAA